GCAGUAGGGGACGAAAUUGUAAAACACCCAGAUAGUGGGGGUGGAUGAGCUUAUUGGGAAGGUGAAACUGCACAUACCGUAGAGAACUGGAAGCUAAAAAGAAGAAAAAACACAUUUCAAACUGGAAUACCCUUUAUGUUAACUUAACUCGAUGUGAAGAAAGUAUUUAUAUCUGACAUUUUCUAUUUGCACUACUGCAACUACUGAAAUCUUUAUUUUGUACAACGCACGAACUGGAUCGGUCGUUUGUGGACUGAGACGUUCCCUCUGCAACCAGCACUUUGUUUUUCAAGCGUUCCCCCAGUUUUCUGUUUAUUUGCCUGGCCCCAGCCGAGCCUUGCCCUCUGGUGGCUUACGAUACAAUACGAGAAUACAAACACCCAACUGUUAGACUCCAGGACGGUGCAGCAGCUAUGCAGCUCGAAAUCCAAGUAGCUCUCAACUUCAUCAUUUCGUACCUGUACAAUAAGCUGCCCAGACGGCGCGUUAACAUUUUCGGCGAGGAGCUUGAGCGGCAGCUGAAACAGAAAUACGAGGGACAUUGGUACCCAGACAAGCCAUACAAAGGAUCUGGAUUCAGGUGUAUACACGUCGGUGAGAAAGUGGACCCAGUUGUCGAGCAAGCAGCCAAAGAAAGCGGGUUGUGCAUUGAGGAUGUCCGCAACAACCUGCCUCAGGACCUCAGCGUGUGGAUCGAUCCUUUCGAGGUUUCUUAUCAGAUCGGGGAGAAGGGACCUGUGAAGGUGCUCUACGUGGACGACAGUAAUGACAACGGGCUGGAGUUGGACAAGGAGAUCAAGAACAGCUUUAACCCAGAGGCCCAGGUCUUCAUGCCGAUUAGCGAACCCGUAGGCAUGUCCCCGACCUCCAGCUCGCCGUCCCCUCCGUUCGGCCAGUCUGCGGCGGUCAGCCCCACCUUCAUCCGUCGUUCCACGCAACCUUUGACCUUCACCACUGCCACCUUCGCUGCCACCAAGUUCGGCUCCACUAAAAUGAAAACCAACGGGCGGAGCGCCGGCGGCAAGGUGGCCCGGAGCUCCCCCACCAACCUGGGGUUGAAUGUAAACAACCUUCUGAAGCAGAAAGCCAUGUCCACGUCAAUGCAUUCUCUAUACGGCGUCGGCCUGGGUGGUCAACAGCAGAAGCCCUCUGCCCUUUCUCCGAACGCCAAGGAGUUUGUGUUCCCCAGCCUCCAGGGGCAGGGCAGUCCAAGUGCAAUGUUUCCUGGGGAGACCUCCCUUAAUCUCAGCCCUCUGCCGUACAAUAAUGCCUUUGAUGUGUUUGCAGCCUAUGGGGGCCUUAAUGAGAAAUCCCUCAUGGACAGUCUAAACAUAAACAUUCAGUAUUCUAACCAGCAAUUCCAGCCAGUGAUGGCCAACUAGAACACAAGAAUACUACUGCGACCGGAGGCACGUGACGGGAUGAUGUGGUGCACGUGUUCACAUUUCAAAUAUACAAAAAAGCUUAAAAAAAAAUGAAAAUGGAAAAACAACACUUCAACUGUAAAGUCCCAGUGAAUAUGUCAAAAGAUCAUGAGCCCAAGGGACGAAGGUGAACCGCUACGUUCCCUUGAGUAUUUUGUCAUUCUUUUUUAUGAUUAAGCUUGUGCUACAAUCAAGCUUAGAUACCUAAACUCAUAUUGUUUUAAGUUGUUUUCUUUUGUCAACCAAGCACAAAGUUAUUUUUACUGACUGUUUUAAGAUAUCUUUAUGAAGAAGAAAACUACGAAUCAAGGUCUCUAAUAGUAUUCAAGAUAAAGCUACACAGCCAAUUUUCCAAGGGUUGGCCUGAAUGCUGAAUGAGGGAUUUCUUGGUCUUUUUUCUAACUGUGUAAUUAAUUUAGUAGAGAGUUUGUAAAAUAUCAGAGUAUAUAUUGUUUCUACGACAUAUUGCAUUUAUAUCUUUUUACUACUCUAGUGAUCUGUGAUGGCUGCGACAGCUUUUGUUAUAUUUUUUUUUAUUGAAAUUGUAAAAUAAAUCCAUCUUUAAAGACAUCAGCUAUUCUAAAGAUUGUGUACGGAAUAUUCCAUUGUGUUGGGAUUUAAAUAUAUUUGCUUUUUUUGGGAAAAAAUGAAACACAAGAGUUGUAUUUUCUGUUAAGAGUUCAAAGAUUUUUGCUAUACUAUGGACAAAAUGUAAUCGUAUAUUAAUUUUGUACCAACAUUGUGCAAUACUUGACAAAAACAAAUAGUAUAACAAAGUAUUUGGAGUCAGUGUCUUACAUGUAAAGAGGGACUGAUAGUUUAUUAAGUUUGUAUUAAAAUGCUUGAAAUUAUA